GUCUAUUUCUGAUUUUUAUUCUCAGACUUCUACUAUGUGGGAACAACUCUCUGCUGCAGAUCCUCCACUGGUGUGUUCUAAGGACAUUGAGCUCUUUGUCAAAUAUCGGGAUCGCCGUAGAUUUAUGCACUUCAUGAUGGGUUUACGUGAGGAUUUUGAGCCUACUAGGGCUUCUCUACUUAGCCGAUCUCCUACUCCUUCUCUUGAUGCUGCAGUAAAGGAACUCAUUUCUGAGGAGAAUCGUCGGCCCACUUAUCACAUGACAUCAUCUGAUCAUGUCUUGGCUACACCCUCACCACAGCCUCCCAUUGUUGCAUUCACUGCUCCUCCGCGAAUAAACUCCGGACGUCCCACCUCUCAGUCUUCCAAAGGUGCUCACUGCAAGUUUUGCCGUGCCAAAGGCCAUGACAUCUCUGUUUGUCGUAAGCUACAGAAAUUUGUGCAAGAGCAGACUAAAACUUCUCUUCCUCAGGCAGCUGCUGUAUGUCCUUCAGAUCCAUCGGUUCCUACAGGUCCAUCUUUGGCUUCCUCACUUACUACGGCUGAUAUUGAGGCAGUUGUUCAACAGGUUUUAUCCCGCACUUCCACUGCCCUUUCUGUCACCUCAGGAUCCCCGGACGGGUCAAGUGCUUGGGACAGGCCGUAAGGUUGGUCGCAUGUUUGAGGUUCAUGACUUGAAGAUUCCUUCACAAGUUGUUUCUACAGCUGCUACAACUGCCACCUCCUCACCUGAUCUAUGGCAUGCUCGUCUUGGUCAUCCAUCCUUAUCUCGUCUUCAAUUGUUAGCUUCUCAAGGUCAUUUAGGUUCAGUUCAGUUUUCAAAAUUUGAUUGUACUUCUUGUCAUUUUGGCAAACAAACAAAAUUGCCAUUUAAUAAAAGUGACUCAUUUUCUUCUGCUCCUUUUGAUCUUAUACAUUCUGAUAUUUGGGGUCCUGCACCUGUUCCCACUGAGGGGGGAUCUAAAUAUUUUGUCAUAUUUGUGGAUGAUUUUUCUCGGUAUACUUGGAUUUAUCUGCUUCACCAUAGGUCUGAACUUGUGUCUAUUUACCAAACAUUUCAUAAAAUGAUUGAAACACAGUUCAAUUGCACCGUUAAAGUCUUUCGAUCAGAUAAUGCUCAAGAAUAUAAUGAUAAAUCUUUCCUAUCCUUUUUAGACAGACAUGGUACUCUUCCUCAGCGGUCUUGUCCUUACACCUCUUAACAAAAUGGUCGUGCAGAACGAAAACAUCGUCACAUUCUUGAUGUUGUCCGCACCCUUCUCAUUUCUGCCUCUCUUCCUGAGCGAUUUUGGGGUGAGGCCGCACUCACUGCUGUGCACACUAUUAAUCGUAUUCCUUCACCAACUACACACAACAAAUCACCAUUUGAGCUCCUCUAUGGUCAAACUCCUGACUACUCCUCUCUUCGGGUUUUUGGUUGUGCUUGCUUUGUCUCUCUUCCUCCUCAUGAACGAACAAAGCUCCAACCUCGUACUCGUCUCUGUUGUUUCCUUGGUUAUGGUGUGUCUCAAAAAGGGUUUCGCUGCUAUGAUCCCAUUUCUCAUCGCCUUCGUGUCUCCCGUCAUGUUGAGUUUUGGGAACAUCGUCCUUUCACGAGUCUUCAGCAGUUUCCUACAUCUUCUUCCUCAGAGUCUCCCAUUUUUACUGAUCUUUUUCUCCCUCUCUAUCCUGAACUUGUGGAGGAUUCUUCAGCAUCGACUGCCUCUCCAGACGACUCAUCUCCGGUUCUGUCUCCGGCAUAUGACCCGCCUGUCUUGGAUCUUGUGGCACCACCCUCUCCUGA